AAUUCUGAGUUCUAGAGCAAGAGCGAAGAUGUCAGGGAGAGGCAAAGGAGGGAAGGGAUUGGGAAAGGGAGGAGCGAAGAGGCAUCGUAAGGUGUUGAGAGAUAAUAUUCAAGGCAUCACAAAGCCUGCAAUUCGUCGUCUCGCGAGGCGUGGUGGUGUCAAGCGUAUCAGUGGAUUGAUCUACGAAGAGACUCGAGGAGUUCUUAAGAUCUUCCUUGAGAAUGUUAUUCGUGAUGCGGUUACUUACACAGAGCACGCUCGCAGGAAGACUGUGACCGCCAUGGAUGUGGUUUAUGCUCUUAAGAGGCAAGGCAGGACCCUUUAUGGGUUUGGAGGUUAGGGUUAGGGUUUUUCAAUAUCUCAUUGAGUUUUGCUUGUUUUGGUAGGGGAAAGACGUUUAAGUCGAUGUGUAUUAAAGUGAAGAAAUUGUAUUAGUCAAUUUGAGGUU